GCAGAUCACGCACAAUCACGCACGGACACGCAGACAGAGCGCGCGGGAUGCGUGCGAUCUGACAUACAGCGGCUCAUUACAGCAGAAAUCAGCAUCAUGACGAGGUCUGUGCUGGAGGAGCAGAUGUCAGUGGAGUCGGAUGAGCAGCAGGAGCUCUGCAGCCCUGCAGAAAGAGAGAGGAGUGCAGAAGGAGUUACAGGUGGAGGAGGUGAGGAGGACGAGGACUGCCUCCAUCAUCUAGAGGAGGAGGAGGAGGAGGAUGAAGAGGAGGAAGAGGAAGAAGAAGACGGGGAGAGCAAACCCAAAAGGCGAGGGCCCAAGAAGAAGAAGAUGACGAAGGCUCGUCUGCAGAGGUUUAAGGUCCGUCGGAUGAAGGCUAACGCCCGGGAAAGAAACCGCAUGCACGGCCUGAACGAUGCCCUGGAGAGUCUGCGAAAAGUCGUCCCCUGUUACUCCAAAACGCAGAAACUAUCAAAAAUUGAGACACUGCGCCUCGCCAAGAACUACAUCUGGGCCCUGAGCGAGAUACUGCGCUCUGGAAAGGCACCUGACCUCAUGAGCUUCGUCCAGGCACUCUGCAAAGGUCUGUCUCAGCCGACCACUAAUCUGGUGGCGGGCUGCCUGCAGCUUAACCCUCGGACGUUCCUGCCAGAGCAGACUCCAGACCUGCCGGCUCACCUUCCCCCUGUCGGUGCCAGUUCCUACCCCGGACAUUUUCCCUACCAGAGCCCCGGGCUUACGGCCGGCCUGCCCAGCCCUCCCUACGGCACCAUGGACCCCUCUCACAUCUUCCACCAGGUCAAAGGUCAACCCUACGGCCCACUGGAGCCCUUCUUUGAUGGCGUCCUCGUGUCGGACGGCCCGGCGUUUGACCCGCCGCUCAGCCCACCGCUCAGCAUCAACGGGAACUUCUCCUCGUCCUUCAAGCACGAGGCUGUCGCAGCCACUGAUUACGACAAGAGCUUCUCCUUCAGUGUGCACUAUGGAGGCGGGGGAGCUGGAGGACACCCCGCCAUCUACGGCAGCGGGGGUUCCAACCCACGCUGUGGUGACCUACAAGUGGACGGGCUGAUGGGCUUUGACGGACACUCACACCACGAGCGGCUGAUGAACGCCCAGCUGAACGCCAUCUUCCAUGACUCCUGAGGAAGAAGAGGACGAAGGACUGAGAGACUGAUGAAGACAGAGAGACCUUUGUAUGGAAAGACAGUCUUGUGUACUUCUAUCGUUUUAAAGCUGUCUUUCUGUCUGUCCUUGCUUUUUUUCUUUCUGUCUGCGUCAGGCUCUGCGACUCAUCCUGACAACGGCGACGUCGCAAAGAUGUCACCUUGAUGUAACCUUCUUUGUAGCACUUCAUCCUGCGGGAGACGCUCUCUGAAUGUCUCGUUAUUAUCCAUAUUAUCACUUAAAAAUAAUUAAUAAUCAAUGAGCAAUAAUCUGGAGUAAACUAUGCAAUUUUGUUAAAAAUCUGAGUGACCCUCAGUAUAAUAAUUCCAAAUGUUGAAAGAAUAAAGAUUUCUCUAUUUUUGGGUCAGUGUGUGAGGCAGCGUUGGGCCGGCGAUGGGCCGGUGAUGAGCCGAAGUGUUUAUGUGAUUUUUACUUUUUGCUUUUUAUAACAUUCCUGUAGUGUUCUGUUAACAUUUCAUGUGACUCUUGUUCAUAUUUUAUAAGAUAGAUGUUUAUAAAUACCUUUUAUUAAAAGGGAUUCAAUGUGA